UUCGGGCAGCGAGCACCGGGCGGCGGGCGGGAGAGCUGCCAGGCUGAGAGGCCGGCCAGAGUGGGGGCCGCUUAGCCGCCGCCGCCGCUGUGAUGCGGAGCCUGGGCUGCGCGGAGCGGUGGAGUCAGAACCCGGGAGCGCGAGCUGCAAUAUCAGUACCCGCGGCGGCAGCGGCGGCGGCGGCGGCGCACCUGCACCAGCUCCCGGGCCCCGCGCUGCGCUCUCUGUCCCGCUGCGCUCAGGGCCGCCGCCCCGCGCUCUCUUAUGGAUGUCAAGGCGGCCCCCAACGGGGUGGCCACCAUCGAGGACCGGAUCCUGCGGAUCACCGGCUACUAUGGCUAUUACCCAGGUUACUCCGGCCAGAAAAGUACCUCCAGAUCAUCAGUUACUCGUUGUAAACCAGGAAUCAACUGCCCUAGUUCACAUGGUAGCAUCAGUAGACAACUGUCCCCUCUAUCUGUCACUGAGGAUACUUCAGCUCCUAUUCUCGAACUUCAGAGCCGAGGAUCCUCUGUAACUUGUGGACAUAGAGUGGAGAGACAGAACAGAGCAGAGGAUGAUGGGACUCAGACUCAUCCUGAAAACAGCCAAGAGAACAGAAUCAAAGCUCGAUGCUUGUCCUGCACAUCUGUGGUUCUGAAGGCAGUCUGGGGACUCUUGAUCAUCUUGUCAGUGUCAUCCUCUUGGGUUGGAACCACACAGAUUGUAAAAAUUACAUAUAAGAACUUCUACUGUCCAUUUUUCAUGACUUGGUUUUCAACAAACUGGAACAUUAUGUUUUUCCCAGUCUAUUAUUCUGGUCAUCUAGCCACUGCACAAGAAAAACAAUCUCCAAUGAAGAAAUUCAGGGAAUGCAGUCGGAUAUUUGGUGAAGAUGGCCUGACACUGAAGCUCUUUCUUAAAAGAACUGCUCCUUUUUCUAUUCUAUGGACUUUGACUAAUUACCUGUAUUUACUGGCUUUAAAGAAGCUGACGGCCACAGAUGUGUCUGCUCUGUUCUGCUGUAACAAAGCCUUUGUCUUCUUGUUGUCAUGGAUAGUGCUGAAAGACAGGUUCAUGGGAGUAAGGAUAGUAGCUGCAAUAAUGGCAAUUACUGGUAUUGUCAUGAUGGCAUAUGCAGAUAAUUUCCAUGCUGAUUCCAUCAUAGGAGUAGCGUUUGCAGUGGGUUCAGCCUCUACGUCUGCACUCUAUAAGGUUUUGUUUAAGAUGUUCCUUGGAAGUGCUAACUUUGGUGAGGCAGCACACUUUAUCUCCACUCUGGGCUUCUUCAACUUAAUCUUCAUCUCCUUCACUCCAGUCAUCUUGUAUUUCACCAAGGUGGAACACUGGUCCUCAUUUGCAGCUCUGCCCUGGGGCUGUCUCUGUGGUAUGGCAGGGCUGUGGCUGGCCUUCAACAUCCUGGUGAAUGUUGGCGUGGUGCUGACAUACCCAAUCUUAAUUUCCAUCGGAACAGUGCUCAGUGUUCCUGGAAAUGCAGCUGUGGAUCUUCUGAAGCAGGAGGUGAUAUUCAAUGUUGUUCGCCUGGCUGCUACCAUCAUCAUCUGCAUUGGGUUUCUGCUGAUGCUGUUGCCAGAGGAGUGGGAUGAAAUUACCCUGAGGUUUAUCAACAGCCUGAAGGAAAAGAAGAGUGAGGAGCACGUGGAUGAUAUCACUGAUUCCAGCACACACCUGCGGAGCAGGAGCAGGGCCAAUGGCACAGUGUCUAUCCCACUGGCCUAACAAGAGACACAUUUUGAAUGCACAUGUAUGUAUAUUCUGUGAAUAUAAUACAUUUUUUCCUCACUACUUGUACACUCAGAUGGCAGUACUAACUCAGAAUUUGGAUAAGUCAUAUGUGGAAUAAUGCCAACAAUAAAAUUUUACAUUUAUAUGCUUAUCAAGGAACUGGUGUAAAUAAUCAUAAUAAAAUUUUUAUUAAACCAUAUUCUUCCUUGU